AGGCCGUACUGAUAUUGUUAGACAGCUGAAUGCAAUGUAUCGUCUUGACGAGAAGUUGAAGUCGCAAGAGAGGAAUCCCCAACUUUCACCGAAUUAGGGUUUUCACGAGCACACAAAAUGACGACCGGAAAAUCUAAGCAAGGCGACACCAGAUUAGUGGUUGCCGCCACGACGGCGUCGGCGUUGAUGGAGACUAAGAAGGCUGAUCACGGAGGAUCUACGUCUAUCGUGGAGUAUAAACCGCCGGUGAUGUUAGAAGACGAGGAAGAUCUAGAGAUAAAGCUCAGAAGAAUCCUCGAGAACGUCCCGGUUCGCGUCAGCAACACCUCCGGAAGUUCCGCUGGUUCUGGUUCCGGCGAUUUCCACCAGUACCGGCAAAUGAGGCGAAGAGAACAAGAUCGACUCACAAGGAUGGAUAUUGAUUACAACAAGCGUUUACAAAUGGCGGAGUUUACUAUAAGAAGAGAAGAGAAACUGAAAGCUGCGGAGGAAAAAACAUCGAAGAAGCGUUUGAAACGACAAAAGAAGAAGCAGAGAAAGCAGGAGAAGAAGAGUAAACCAAACACCGAGGGACAAGAAAAGCAACCUAGAGAAGAAAUAUCAUCAGAGGACGACGGCGAUGAAGAAGAGUCUCAUGUAGAAGUUCGACCACGUCCGAUAUUUAAUAAAUUGAGGUUUCAAGAGAAGUGUCCAUAGCAUUUGUUAUUGUAUGUUACAUGAAUCACAAAACUCUCUUUGCAA